UUCGACAUCAGUUGCAACAACUCACCAGAACCAAAAUUAUGACAAAGAGUAUAAGAUACGUGAUAUCUCUGCAGCUAUAUUGUAUCGUCCAGGCAGCGGUGACGAUCGUCAUAGACGAAGAAAUUCACGAGUGUGGCGGUGGUGUUCCUCUGCCGUAUGUCGACAUAUCCGAGGUACAAAUUAUAACCCAAGAGGACGGGACGAUUACCGUGAAUGGGACCACACGCUUCAGCGAAGACUACGAAAGUCCGACUAAGUGGAAGAUGUACAGCAAACGGAUGCAACGCGGCCAAUGGGUAUCGGGUGUUGUGAGUCGGGAGGUAUGGAAUCUGUGUCCGUUGCUGCUGUCGCCCACGGAGUUGUGGUUCCCUCUGAUGGUGAAAAUGCAGAAAAACAGUUGUCCUUUUUUGAAGGGGUACGAAGAACACAUGGAUAUGAUUAAUCUGGGGAAUCCCGGAAUCCUUUUGAAAAUUCCUCCAGAAUUUAUCGGAGAGUGGCAGAUGUAUCACGAGUUUACUACUACCCGGCGAGGUCUAUCAGUGAAAGAGUGCUUUAUGUCUCCGAUUUCCAUCAUGGAAGUGUAGCAAAAUAUAAUUUUGCGAAAAUGUAUAUGUAUCAUUUGAAGUAAAAUAAG